GGGGUUGUCAUUUUGAAUUGGUAUAAGUAAUACUUGAGUCACUUUAUAAUUCGUCCAACCUAGCAUGCGAACGCAGCCUCUAAUCAUUUUCAUUAACAUUUUUUUCGUAGCCAGUCACGCUCAGGAAGGCUUCCUCUCCCCUUAGAUAUAUACGAAGAAAAGAAGCAAAUCCUAGAGAGAAAUUAGAAGAGAAGCAGAGAAGAGCAAGAUUCAAAGUAAAAUGGGAAGAAAGCCAUGUUGUGCUAAGGAAGGGCUGAACAAAGGCGCAUGGACAGAAAGAGAAGAUUGCAUUCUCAGAAACUACAUCAACCUCCAUGGAGACGGUAAAUGGAGAGAUCUUCCUCAAAGAGCUGGGUUGAAGCGAUGCGGGAAGAGUUGCAGGCUCCGCUGGUUGAAUUACCUCCGGCCAGAUAUCAAGAGAGGAAACGUUUCUGCCGAUGAAGAAGAGCUCAUUAUUAGACUACAUAAUCUCCUUGGGAAUAGAUGGUCUUUGAUAGCCGGAAGAUUGCCGGGACGAACAGAUAAUGAAAUUAAAAACUACUGGAACACCAAAUUGAGCAAGAGAGCAUUGCAACCCCAACAGACUGAUCACCAGGAUCACUUUAAGAUCAAGUUAAAAGCAGAGAAAGGGGGCCUGAAGGAUCGCGCAGCGGGGGAGGAGGACACAACAGAACCACUCAAGCAGGUGAUUCGGACAAAAGCAGUGAGGUGCACCAAGGCCGUUGUCUCUGUGUUGCUGCAGCUAGAAAGCUUAGUACCAGCAAAAUCAGACAUAAGGGAGGCAGAAGAGAGUCCGUUUUCCUUGGCCGUAGGAGAUCAGGACAAUGACCAAUGCAUUGAUUUUCUCAAAGAUUUAGACAUUGACGAGUUAGUUCUCACACCAGAUGUAAACGUGGGUUCUUCCUGCCGUGAGAUUGGAAAAAAGGCAGUGAAGUGCAUCAAGGCCGCACCCGCGGCGUUGGAGCUAGAAAACUUAUUAGUCCCCUCAAAUUCAGACAUGAGUAAGGCGGACGACCAGAGUCCAUCUUUGUACUCCUCCACCGUGGGAUAUCAUGACAAAGACGAAUGCAUGAAUUUUCUGAUGGAUUUGGACAUUAACGAACUUCUUGUACCAGGUUUAAACAUGGGUACCUGCCGUGUUAUCGGAACAGAAGCAGUGAGGUGCAUCGAGGGCAUUGUCCCUGCAGAAUUGCAGUUAGAAAGCUUAUUACCCUCAAAAUCAGAAAUGAGUAUGAAGGGACAGAGUCCAUCAUCCUUGGAGGUGGAAGAUCACAACAUUGACAAAUGCAUUGAUUUUCUCAAGGAUUUGGACAUUGAGAAAGUUUUCAUACCAGAUGUAAAUGUGGGCUCUUCUUGCGGUGAUAUUCAAACAAAAGUACCAAGAUGCACCGAGGCCGUUGUGCCUGCAACAUUGGAGCUACAAAACUUAUUUCCCUCAAAAUCAGACAUGAUCGAUGUAAAUGAACGUCAAUAUGCCUGCCCUCCUAUUCAGACAAAACUGGCCAUCGAGGCGAGGUGCACCAAGGGCAUUGUCCCCACCGGACUGCAGCUUGAAAACUUAUUACUACAAUAUUCAAGCGGGGUUCUUCUGGUUGUCAUCCCUUCUAUCCGGCAUCGUUUUCUGGGUACUGUGUUUCUCUCCUUUCAUCUUCUCUUGGCUAUUUCAUCCUUGUUCCGGCUCUCCAUGUUUGCCGGCGCUGAAGGAGCUUCCCUGCGGACGCAUCAAUGCAUAUUUGCAUGUGGCUGGUGGAGGACGUGGUUGGCCAUUUUCUGGUUCAGGCAGGGUGCUGAUAGGGUCGCUGCUUUUUGCGCUUCUUCGGUGGCGGAAUGGUGCCAUAGAGGGGUUGCGGGGGAGGAGCCUUCUCCAGAGGGCAAUAGGGGAGCGAAGGUUUGGAGGGGCUUCGUAUGGAAGCCAGCUGGCUGGAGGCUGGAGGGUUUCCCAAUGAGGUGCAUUCAUGGUUUCGUCGUGGUUACGGUUAAUGGUAGAAGAUGGUUCUUGACUUGAUCAAAAAAAGAAAAAAAAAAUGGUAGAAGCUGGUUCUCGGGGUUAUUGCUUGACAGGUCUUGUCCUCUUUGGUGGGAUAUUCAAUUUAGUCCUCCAUUUAGUUUUUUGUUUUGAUCUGUCGUGUCGAGUCUUUAAUUUUGGUUGUGUCUUCUUUUAGUCCGAGGUUGGUGGGUUCGGUGGUUUAUUCAGCAAUUAAAACAAGUGCUAACAU